UUUUUUUUUUUUUUUUUUUUUUUUUUUAAAGGGUUGUUACAACUUCUUCCCUCAUCAUUGUCCAAUGCCUCAAAACUUGAAACAAUCUUCCUUUCUAACAAUGACUUCACAGGACCAGUUCCAAGGGAUUUAUCAAAGCUGCAAAAUCUAAGAAUAAUAGAUGGAAGCGAAAACAGAUUGGGCACUGAAGAAGGUAAUGACUUGGAUUUUGUUAAUUCUUUGACAAAUUGCACUCAUCUGCAAAGUAUUUACUUCCCUUUCAAUCUUCUCAGAGGUCCAUUUGUUAGGAAUGUAGCCAACCUUUCAACCCAAAUUAAAGAAAUAAAUUUCAGGACAAACCAGAUAUAUGGAAGCCUCCCAUUAGGAAUUGGAAACCUUGUCAAUCUUGAAACUUUGAACAUGGGAUUAAAUUAUCUUACUGGUAGUCUUCCUGCUCACAUUGGAAAGCUUCAAAGACUACGACGACUAUACUUCAAUGUGAAUAAACUCUCAGGGAAUAUACCAUCUUCGUUGGGGAACUUAACCUUAUUGAACUACUUCAGUUUACGAGAAAACAACUUUUCUGGACAAAUACCUCCAGAACUCUCAAGGUGUAAAGGCCUUGUAUUUUUGUCUCUUUCUGAUAAUAACCUAAGUGGUCCAAUUCCUGAAGAACUUACGGGACUGUUCUCCCUCUCAAUAACCUUGAACUUGAGUCAUAAUUCUUUGACUGGUUCACUGCCUCAAGGAAUUGGUAAGUUGAUAAAUCUUGAGGUUUUGGAUGUUUCCAACAAUAACUUGUCAAGCGACAUUCCUAGUAGCAUUGGUAAUUGCGUAAAAUUGGUAUAUCUUGACCUGAAAGGCAACUUCUUUAGUGGAGAGCUUUCCAGGUCCUUGGCAACUGUGCGAGGUCUAGAAUAUAUUGAUCUAUCUCACAAUAACAUUUCAGGCCAUAUACCUGCCUUUCUUGGAGAGCUUUCUUCAGCAACCAUCUUGAAUCUUUCUUUCAAUGAACUUUCUGGAGAAGUUCCAACUAAUGGAAUCUUCCAAAACGCAACUAUAGUUUCACUUUCUGGAAAUGAUAACUUUGUGGAGGUAUCCCAGAAUUUGGUCUUCCAGAAUGCGAUAAUGGAAAGGAUCUUGCUGUCAAAGUCAUAAUACCAGUGAUUGCUGCAAUUCUGGGAUUACUUGCAUUAGUUGUCUUCACUAUUGUCCUUUGCUCUAGGAGAAAAUCACUCAAGGGUUUAGUUGCUUCACAAUCCUUUGAUAGUCAAUUCCGAAGGGUUUCAUACUCAGACCUUCAAAAGGCAACAGAAGGUUUCUCUGAAUUGAAUUUAAUUGGUGUUGGAAGUUACGGCUCUGUCUACAAAGCAAUUCUUGAUCCAGAGGAAACUGUCGUUGCUGUAAAGGUGCUCAAUCUUCAUCAACAAGGAGCGUCAAAGAGUUUUAUGUCAGAAUGCAUAGCAUUGAAGAACAUCCGACAUAGGAAUCUUGUGAAAGUUUUGAGUGCUUGCUCUGGUGUGGAUUUUCAGGGCAAUGAUUUCAAGGCCUUAAUUUUCGAAUUCAUGCCAAAGGGAAAUCUAGACGAAUGGAUACAUCCAGAAAAUAAUGUAGAAGAUAGUGCAAAAGUUUUGAACUUUCUCCAGAGGUUGAACAUCGCCAUUGAUGUGGCUUCAGCAAUUGAAUAUCUCCACAGCCACUGCAGAGCAAUCAUCGUUCACAGUGAUCUCAAACCAAGCAAUAUUCUUCUUGAUGCAGAAAUAACUGCGCAUGUUGGUGAUUUUGGGCUUGCAAGGAUUAUAUCUCCUGUUCCUGGAACAGGAAAUAAUGAAAUUAGCACUACAUCAACCACUAUGAAGGGAUCCAUAGGCUAUAUUGCACCAGAAUAUGGGGUGAGCGGCAAUUUGUCUACGAAAGCAGAUGUGUACAGCUUUGGGAUCAUUCUGCUAGAGAUGUUCACAGGAAGAAGGCCGACAGAAGAAAUUUUCACUGAUGAUCUAACUCUCCAUAACUUUGUAAGCAGGUCCUUGCCAGAGAAAAUCACACAAGUGAUGGACCCAGUAGUACAUUCAGAAGCAAAUGAGAGUGGUAAAGCCGAGUGCUGCAUCUCAGUGUUGAGAAUUGGCAUAAAAUGUUCCAUGGAAUCAGCGAAAGAUCGAGCGGCAAUGGAAGAAGUCGUGAACGAGCUUUGUUCAAUCAGGCAAGUUUUUCUUGACCAACGGGUCUGACCAUGGAAAAGGACCAAAAGAUUAGAUAAGGCUUUGGAGAUGCGAUGGUGCUUUAUUAUUUUGUUUGCACGCCAAUAUAUAAUGUCGGUGGGUUUCCUGCACCCAACCGAGAUAUAUAUACAUAUAUAAUUUUAUUAAUAGAUGUAUUCUUUAUCUUUAAUAUUUACAUUAUUAUUUAUGAA